AUGUGGUCAGAUCCAUUGCCUGAGAUACGGUCGUCGUCGUCUUCCUUACCUCGGCAAGGAUGGUCCCGACUCCGAUCCCCAUCCCAUGCGUCUCCAGUCGUGUCCUCUUCCGGCCCCUCAUGCCAGACCACCCAGCGCUACGAUUCCGUCGCCGAAGAUCCAUCCGCCCCACAUCGCGCCACGGCUCUGCGCCAGCUGAAUGGUUCCCCGAGGCCUGCAUCUCGUCCUGUUCCAGUUGAUAUUCCCUCUCGCCGGCGCUCAUCGACACUCGCUACACGGCCUGUGCUUGUUAGAGCGUAUUCGGGAGAUGCGCAGAACAGAUCUACGCAACCGUCUGCAAUGUCUGUGCGCCGGUUCCUCUCGUUCUCCAGGUCGAGGAGCUUGGCUCCAUCUCGCCCGUUUCAGUCUGAUGUCUCGUUGCCCACGGAUAAGGACUUCAGUAUUGAGAGUAUACUGCAGGCCAUCGAGCCUGAUAUCCGUGGCACGCUGGACUCUAUUGCGAAGAUCUGUGGCCGGAGCAAGCUGAGUCUUUCCAAUGAGUAUGGGAGUCACAUCGCGUCAUUGGGUGAGAUUUGUGCUCCGUCGAGUGCGUUAGGACCUGUUGAGGAGUCCAGGCCCAGUGAAGAACGGCAUGCCGAUGAUAGCAACGCGGUCAUCAUUGACGAGGAGGCUAGUCCGAUUGAUCCAGUUUGUGAUGUGAAUCCAUUCUCGUUUCAUCGGUACCUAGAAAAUCUGCGGCAGACUGCUUCCAUGCUCGAACACACUGGUGCUUCUGACCAAACAACUCAGAGACAACCCCAUUCUCCACCGUCUCCUGAUAUUGCCUCCGAGGCGGAUACUGCUCCAGCUUUUAGUCCGGAAACCAUAUCCUCAACUCCUUUCACGCGCGAAUUCGCAUCAAAACCCAAGCGUAUCGGAUGCGAUUUACUCGCGAAGAAUUCUGCUGCUGGUUGUGGUGAACAGCAGUCGUCUCAGAUUGCCACUCCCGCUGUAGUGUUAGAGGUUCAUCUGGAGGCGAUUGCAAUUGAUGGAUCCUCAGCUGAAUCCAAUCUUCUCCCAGAACCUGCUCUGGGCGGUCAUGGUUCGCCUGACACGGAAAGGUCGGGUCCGGAAAUCAUCCAAUCCCUCCUUGGCUGGCUGAAAUGGAAUGACACUAUCGCUGGACUAAAAUCCAGUCCUGCUUUGCAGUCCGCAGAGGGUCGGCUACGAGCGAUGCUUGAUCGUCCAGGGAAUGAGGCGGUGCCCUUAACUGUGCCUUGCUGA